AUGUGUAAAACCGUGACCUUAUUUCGGAAGCGGUACUUUGUUGUACCGUUAGACGGGCGCGUGGCCUUCCCUGAGUGCUGGUCGGAGAGUGCCGCGCGAGAGGGCCGUACAACCCCUCCUCUCGCGAUUUCCCUGACGGUGGUGGAAGGAGUCGGGAGCGGGAGUGAUUUGGUGUAUCGAAAGCAUAUGGAGGGGAUCCCGCAUAUUGGUGGGGAUGCGCUUCCUACAGUUAUUGAACCACAACCGCACCUCGCCGCGUCUUGUGAAAGUACAGUAAAGAGAAACAGUGACGAAGAGUCUGAGAUGAAUUUUGCUGCUUUCUCAGCAGUUGGAGGUGCUGGGACACACUUUGUGACAACAGGUGGUCAGCUACCUGUCACUAAGUUGCAGCAAAAUGUUACCAAUAAUGGAGGGCUAUCUCAGGUGGUAGGCAUGGUUGGUGGAGUGAACAUGGGUGAGGGUGUGCAGUACCUGCGUACGAUAGAUGGCAAUACAACAUUACAGGCCACACCGCAACUCAUCUCCGUACCUAUCGCUUUACCUGGUGCUAAACCUGGUGAUCCACAACCGACGGUACAAAUCCAGGUGCUCGGGCCCAACCUGACGCUGCAACAACAGCAGCCCAAGUAUCAAAUGCAUUUACCUAUACAAGGCUUUCAACAAGGUGGUGCGGUCCUCACAGUAGCAUACUCUCAAGAGAACAAUGAAACCGGUGGAAUACAGCUUAUAGGAAACAAUUUGCCUGAAGGUACAUUCAGGAUAAGAUCAGGAUUGCAACUUCUAACGGCUCUACCGCAGGAGAUGCAACUCGUCCAACAGCAACAGUCACAGGAAAAUAAAGAUCAAGUCCAACAAAAUAUACAACACCAGGUGUUCAUAACUCCCAACAAUCAAAUAGUCAUCAACGGCCCAGACACCAAGCCCCUGAACAACAACACCAGUGCCAACAACAAUAACAAUGAUGUUACAGAUAUCGUCAUCAAGGAGGAAUUCGAUGAGAACAAUGACGACGAGAGCUCUCAAGGUACAGAAGCGGGUGACAGUAUACCGUGGCAGCUCAGCAACCCUUCGCCAGAUCUCCUCAAAUACCUCAAUACUUUGCCACCACAGCAAACACAAGCUCUACCGGUCUCUCUGCAGCAAUUUUUAAGACUCAACCCAACUGAGGCGAAGAAACAAGAGUCCACCGAUGUGGAAAUGACAUCUGUGGAGGAGGACAAGAAGGAGGUCAUCACAGAAGCUGUUUUAGAUGAAGAUGGAACCCUUCGCAUACAAAAUAAAAAGAAGAAGAAAUACAAGAAGAAACCUCCCAAGCCCGCUCGACCAAAGCCCGGACAAGUGAUCAUAGCCACAGCGUCAGAUGGCACACCCAUCUUUUGCUGUCCGGAGUGCAGCAUGGCUUACCCCGACAAGAGUCAAUUGGAAAUGCACUUAUCUGUGCAUAAGAUAGAAAGGAGAUUUAUAUGUGGGAUUUGUGGGGCCGGGUUGAAGCGCAAGGAGCACCUGGAGCGCCACAAGCUGGGCCACAACCCGGAGCGGCCGUACGUGUGCGGCGCCUGCGGCAAGGGCUUCAAGCGGCGCGAGCACCUCAACCUGCACGCCGUCAUACACUCGGGAGUCAAGACUGAGCUCUGCGGGCAGUGCGGGAAGGGUUUCUACCGCAAGGACCACCUGCGCAAGCACACGCGCUCGCACGAGAGCAAGCGCGCGCGCGACGAGGCCGGCGCCGACGGCGAGCCCAAGCCCGCACUCGCGCCCGCGCCCGCCAACACCGCCAACACGACCAACAUAGCCAACACGCAGCACACGCUCAUGCCCGAGAUCACCAUACAUGUGCCGACGAGCUCGAACAUGCAGGUGCCGGUGCAGAUCAACAUCCCGCAGCACGUGAUGUCGUCGCUGGCGGCGCAGGCGCAGGCGCAGGACUCGCUCGACGCGCUGCUCGCGCACCACUCG